AUGCAUGUUUGGUCCUUUGAAAUAGGUCUUUUGGAGCAUUCUGGAGCAUAUGGGACACAAGGAGCAUGGAGGGACUUGGCACAUGGAAGCAGCUCAACUGGAUACGCAAAGGAAGAAGGGAGAAGCCAUCUUGAAGACCAGCUCGACCGUCCACUCGACCAACCGGUCGAGUUCCUCAACUCGACCGGCCAAGCUUCAACUCGAUCGAGCUGGGGAAGUCAAAGUCUUUUGGAGCAUUUGGAGCAUAUGGGACGUGAGGAGCAAGGAAGGACUUGGUGCAUGGACGCAGCUCAACUGGAUACGCAAAGGAAGAAGGAGGAAGUCAUCUUGAAGACCAGCUCGACCACCUACUCGACCGGCCAAGCUUCAACUCGAUCGAGCUGA